AUGUUUAGAUUCAGUCUGGAGGAGUUCACAGACACAGUGGCCAAGCUAGCUGAAAGAAUAUCUGUAAUAUUAUCUGCAAGUUUUGGAGUCGAAUCAAGUUUCUUUCAAGAGAAUUGUCCGACAGGAUGCAGUUAUCUUCGACUGAAUCGAUAUCCGCCAUGUCCGGUCUCCUCCAAGGUUUAUGGAUUCAUUCCUCACACUGAUAGUGGCAUACUGACCAUUGUGUAUCAAGAUGGUGUUGGUGGAUUGCAGUUGAUGAAAGAUGGAAGAUGGUUUAGCGUUAAACCUAAUCCAACUGCUCUCAUUGUCAACGUUGGUGACCUUUUGGAGGCAUUGAGCAAUGGUGUUUACAGGAGCAUUAGACACAGAGUGUUAGCUCCUGGAGGUGUUGAAAGGCUAUCUCUGGCUUACUUCUACUGCCCUUCCUUUGAUGCAGUGAUACAGAGUUGCAGUGAGCCACCAAAGUAUAAGAAGUUCAGCUUCGGAGAGUAUAUGCUCCAAAUUGGAAAGGAUGUUCGAGCCACUGGUGAUAAAGUUGGACUCUCAAGGUUUCUCAAUGUUCUUUAGGUCCAUUACUUGAUAUAUUAUAAAUAAAUUGGGCCUGUUUGGCUUAAGGCCCAGCAAAAGUAUGUCCAAUGUUUCAUGCUCCUUGUUUUAGAUGUGAUGCACUAGUGAAAAGAUUGAUUUAGGGCUGAAUGGCUGGACCUCCUGUAAUGUCCCGUUGAAGCGGCGUUUUGAGAUUAAAUUCUUGGGAAAUUUUAA